AUGGAGAAAACAUGUCGAGUUUGCUUGGAAAAGUCUGCAAACGCGGUCAAUGUUUUCGAGGUUCAAAAAGAUUUCGAAGUCUCUACUGCGCACAUCAUAUCCAAAUGCACCGGUUUUAAUAUUACAAAAGGAGACUCAUUUCCGGAAUUCAUUUGCCCCACGUGUCUCAAAGAUGCGCAAAAUGCGUUCAAGAUAAUAAAAACUUACGAACGGAGUAACCUAAUCUUCUGUGAAGUGAUGGAUGCCAUUAUAGAUACAGAUUCGGCGGAAGAUGAGAUUCUUACAAUAUCGGACAGCGAAAGUGAGAGGUCGGAGUCUACUCAGGGAUCAGAUUCAAAUGGAAACAAAGUAACCACGGACGAUGACACUGAUAUAGGUGAGUCGCGGUCGGGUCUUACCCACCAUGGCAGAGUUCACUCGGACGAAUGGGCCUACAAGUGCUCCCUAUGCCUAAAGGCCUUCCGGAGCAAACGCGAUCUUAAGCGCCACGGUGUUUGCCACUCUGAAGACCAACCCCACAAGUGUUCCCACUGCCAGUCAACUUUUUCCCUGAAAGCACACCUACAGCGACACAUCCGAAUUCACACGGAAGAAAAGCAAUUUAAAUGCGAUCUUUGCGACAAGGAUUUUAGGAAGAAUUCAGACUUGAAACGGCACAUGAGAACUCACACGGGAGAAAGACCCUACAAGUGCUCCCUUUGCCUAAAGGCCUUUCGGAGAAAAAGCCAUCUUACGAGCCAUGGUGAUUGCCACUCUGAAGACCGACCCCACAAGUGUUUCCAUUGCCUGGCAACUUUUUCCCUGAAAGGAAACCUACAGCAACACAUCCGAAUUCACACGAAAGAAAAGAAAUUAAAAUGCGAUCUUUGCGACAAGGAUUUUAGGUACAAUUCAGCCUUGAAAGAGCACAUGAUAACUCACACGGGAGAAAGGCCCUACAAGUGCUCCCUAUGCCUAAAGGCCUUCCGGAGCAAACGCGAUCUUAAGCGCCACGGUGUUUGCCACUCUAAAGACCGACGCCACAAGUGUUCCCAUUGCCUGGCAGCUUUUUCCCUGAAAGCAAAUCUACAGCGACACAUCCGAAUUCACACGGAAGAAAAGCAAUUUAAAUGCGAUCUUUGCGACAAGGAUUUUAGGCGGAAUUCAGACUUGAAACGGCACAUGAGAACUCACACGGGAGAAUGA